UCCAUGCUAUGUAUGGGUCAGCCGGCGGCGUCGUCGUGUAUGCCCAUGACAUAUGCGCGUUCCACAUCGUUGUGUGGCAGUAUGACAACUGCUCAUCGCUGUCGCUCCGGGUGGAGACCGUGCGCGACCCCCACUGCCCGUUCUGACGCCUUGACAUCGAACGGGUGUUAAGAUCUACUGGACUUUGCGACGCUACCACGCCCAUCACCUGUCAUCACUGCUACCCGUACCUGUAUCUGGCGCUCACGGCGGAGGCUUCUAAAAGGCCAUUCGUCGGCAUGGAAUGUUCCCUGCCUUCGCCCUUCGUUCUUCGGCACUUCCUGUUUGAGCUCCCUUUACGAUUUUCGUGCGUCGUCUUCAUUCGAUUCGCCUUGCAAUGCAAGCAACGGCUGCCCGACGACGUUUCGACAAGUCGCUGGACCUGGUCGCGGCGCGACCCGAGCUCUUUGUUGACCUUGUGUCAUCUCCGUCAAGCACGGACAAUGCCUGGCGCAUGCUGGAAACUCCGAAUUUGGAACGGGACGUCGUGCAGACCCCCCGCACGCCCUUUCUGGAGGCCGAACGUUCUCCGUUAGCGCUCGCACCGGCAGUCCCAGUCGCGCCGCUGAACAUCAAGAAGAUGCGAAGGAGAGGCCUAUUAAGCGGGAUCCACCUUGUGCUCCCCAAGACUCCGCUUCCACCACCGACGCCGAAUCCAGGGCACACUCCACAGACCUCGCUCACCUUUACGGCGGAAGUGGACGAGUCGGGGAGAGGUUUCUUCUUCACGCCUAUCUCUGACGAGCCCAUGUCUGCGCUGAGCCCCCAGAGUACCAAGAGCCCUGUCCCAGACGACAUUGACGGAGAGACCAACGACAUCGAGCCCGAGCCGCCUGCUGAGGAUCCUCGCAGUCCAGGCAGUCCGUCAUCCUCUCGGAGCUCUGCGAGCUCGUCAUCCUCCCGUUCUUCCUCGUUAUUUAACCACGCACGCAAGCGGUCCGAUACCUCUACUUGCCCAUCCUCCAUCGAGGAGGACACAAAGCCUAUUGAAGACCCGAUGUCCCCUGCUGCGGAGGAGACUAUCAAUACGCUCGAGUCGGAGCUGCGCCGCGCGGCGCCGAUCCCACGAUCCAAAUCAUUCGACCAUUCAUGUUUCGCAGGGAUGGACGAUGCCUUGCUGCUCGACCCCUGGCAAGCGUUCGACCUGCUCUGUUGGACAGCGUCGGUAGACCAGUUCCCCGAGAGGCGCAGCGCCUUCCCCAUCAGCCCUGCAGUGCCUGUCGCCAGAGUGCCCACCCGCUUCGAAGAAGAUACCACCGGCGCUAGCGUCAGGAGCUUCCAGGCUCGGACGUCCCACUUUUCCACUGAUGAUCAUCACUUGGCGGCGGCAGUGCCAGUGCGGACCUCUCGAUAUAGCCCCCUCCACAUGCACAUCUCUAGCCUGAAGGCCUUCAGGUUUCCCAGGCACCGCAAGUAGUCUCGUAUUGGUCGCGGACGUUACUCUACUUUCUACAACUUAUCACAGCAUUCCUUACGACUUCUGAUGUGUUUGUUCUUAUUCUUAGAACCAAUGCCCUGGCCUCAACCCUACCGCUCUCCUCGUGCCGCAUCAUUCCAUCAUUGGCUGUGUUCUGACGUGUCGUUGUACAAUACUGUACGGUAGAAGUACUUCCUGUCCUGAGCUGUAAGUGGCCGUCAACCAUGGACCUUAUCCGGCGUGUACAUAUCUGUACCCACGAUUCAGU